AUGGCGCCCACCACAAUCAGGAAGGUGAUAGGGGCGGUGAAGGACCAGACGAGCAUCGGCAUAGCCAAGGUCUCCAGCGCCGUGGCCCCGGAGCUGGACGUCGCCAUUGUGAAGGCCACCGGCCACGACGACGAGCCGGCCGACGAGAAGUACCUCAGAGAGAUUCUGAACAUGACAUCCUACUCCGGCGGCUACAUCGACGCCUGCAUCACCACUAUCUCCCGGCGCCUCGGCAAGACCAGGGACUGGAUCGUCGCCCUCAAGUGCCUCAUUCUGAUCCAUCGUCUCAUGGAGGAUGGCCAUCCCGCCUUCCAGCAGGAGAUUCUAUACGCCACCAGGAAGGGGACGCGCCUCCUCAACCUCUCCGACUUCCGCGAUGAAGCUCACUCCCACUCCUGGGACCACUCCGCCUUCGUCCGCACCUACGCCCUCUACCUCGACCAGCGGCUGGAAUGCACCCUGUACGAGAGGAAGCAGGGCGGCGCCGCCGAUAGCGGCAGGGGAGCUCGCGGCGAUCGUCCCCACUACGACGAUCAGCAGCGGUGGGGGACAACUCCUCGCCGCCAUGAAGAUUACAGAGAUUACAGAGACGACCCUUACGGAGGAAGACGAUCCAACUCCUCACCGGCGGGCUACGUCGACGGCGAGAGACACCAGAGCAAUGGCGGAGGGGAGAAGAAGGCGCCGACGCCGGUCAGGGACAUGAAGCCGGAGAGAGCCCUGGGGAGGAUGCAUCAUCUGCAGCUUCUGCUCGACCGAUUCCUCGCCUGCCGGCCGACGGGCAUGGCGAAGAACAGUAGGAUGAUCCUUAUCGGCCUCUACCCAGUCGUCAGGGAGAGCUUUCAGCUCUACGCCGACAUCUGCGAGGUGCUGGCCGUGCUGCUGGACCGCUUUUUCGACAUGGACUAUCCGGACUGCAGCAAGGCCUUCGAGGCUUAUGCCCGUGCCGCCAAGCAGAUCGACGAGCUGGCCUCAUUCUACGCCUGGUGCAAGGACACGGGAGUGGCGAGGUCGUCGGAGUACCCCGAGGUGCAGCUAAUAACCAACAAGCUCUUGGAGACCUUGGAGGAGUUCAUGGUGGACAGGGCGAGGGGGCCUAAGAGCCCCGAACCAGUCCGUGCCGAGGCGCCGCCGCCUGCCGCCCCGCCGGAGGAGGAACCCGUGCAGGAUAUGGGCAGCAUCAAGGCCCUCCCAGCUCCGGAGGGCUUCGAGGAGCAACAGGCGGCGCCACCGCCGGAAAGCAAGCAGCAGGACGGUGGUGGAAACCUGGUGGAUCUCAGGGAGGAGGUUCUUUCCGCCGACGACCAGGGGAACAGACUGGCUCUCGCCCUCUUCUCCGGCCCUCCCGCCACCGGCGGCGGGGGCGGCGGCUCGUGGGAACCCUUCCCGUCGGGCGGCGCCGCCGCCGGAGAGCAGGUGACCUCAGCAUGGCAGAACCCGGCGGUGGAUGCCGGCAACGCCAACUGGGAGCUCGCCCUGGUGGAGUCCGCAAGUAACCUCUCCAAGCAGAAGCUGGCCAUGCCCGGCGGCAUGGACCCACUGCUGCUCAACGGGAUGUACGACGCCGGCGUAGUCCGGCAGCACGUGAACGCGCAGAUGAGCAGCGGCGGCAGCGCCAGCAGCGUCGCCCUGCCGGGGAUGGGGAAGACGACCCCCGUGCUAGCGCUGCCGGCGCCGGACGGCUCCGUGCAGGCGGUGAACCAGGACCCCUUCGCCGCCUCCCUGGUCGUCCCUCCGCCGCCCUACGUGCAGAUGGCGGACAUGGAGAAGAAGCAGCAGCUCCUCGUGCAGGAGAACCAGGUCUGGGAGCAGUACGCCCGCGACGGCAUGCAGGGCCAGGCGAGCCUCGCCAAGCUCAGCUUCCACGCCGCCGCCGCCGCACCUCCUAUGCCCUACUACGGCAUGCCGCCCGCCGCCUACGGAGCUGCUGCCUACUACACCCCUUACUGA